UAUAUCACUUUAUAUAUGCUCUUUCCCAGUGCAUUGCUUCAUUUGGAUGGGAGCAUGCUGAGCUCUCUGCCCAUAGAGCUACAGAUAAAUGCUGGGCCACCUCACACUGUGCAGGCAGCACCUUGGCUCUGCAUUGCUGCAAAGAGGACAAGUUUAUCAGUGCCACAGUGCACAAAGGAAAAGAGAAACGUCCUGAAGUUGCAGAGGGGGCCAAUUUGAGCAGCAGGUUUGUGCAGAUGCCUUUCAGCGCUGCUGCUCCUCCCUGCGUGCUCCAGCACUGCUGAGCUGGGGCCAAGCCAGCGGCUGUGUCGGAGCCUCUGCUAUUGCUUUUUUCCAACCUAAUUUUCUCAGGAACUGACCCAGUUCUGGCAUUUUGGGAACUGGCAUUCUCCCUGCUGGUGAAUACUUCUCAUCUGUUUCAAAUGAUCAGUCCGGUGUGACCUUUUCUGCUAAAAUAGCUUACACAAUGAAAACGCAUCAGUGUUAAAUUCUAACGUUGCAUAACUGAAAGCAAGACCGUGCAUUUACCAGCAGGAAGGAGGCUUUUUUUCCCCUCACUUUGUAGGAACUGAGAAGGAAACAUCUAGAGUUGUGUGACUGCAAUGAGAGGGAAACCUCCCCAAAGCUCCCAUCUCCUCCCUACAAUAUCAAAGGGGUUGUACCACCCACUGCUGCUUUUCGUUGCGUCAGAAAGAAGAAAAGGUGUCAUUCAGCAGGUGGCCAACCUUGAGCAAGACCUCAUAGUCUUUGGGGCCAUUUCCCAGUUCAGGACCAGGCAUCUUGAUGUGUGUGCUCACUGCAGAAUGGGGGGGAUCCUAUCUUUGCUGCUUUGGAACAUUCCCAGCUGGGCAGCAAUUCCAACAGUGAUACCAUCAGCCCUGCACAAGUGUUUUGAGGGUUGUUUUCCUACCAAGAAUCGCUCCUCCUGUUCCUGGUGCUGUUGCUCCUUUUCCUUAGGAUGAUUUCAUCAUUUCUCAAUAUUUCUAAAUUUGCUGCAGAAAGAUGUGUGCUCUGGCCCAGGGCUUGUCAGGGCAGCUCUGCAUUUGAAACACCAUUUCUUGUCCCACCAGGAAGGGAGCUGAACCACCCACUUAUUACUUGCCGUGACCUGGGUUGAUCCCUCAGCACAGCACCAGGAAUCAUAAGACUUCUGUUUUUUUUCCUCCAAGAGGACAGCAACGUGUAUUUGGCAGCAGAGCUUUUACAAGGGGCAAAUCAAGGGUGGUGGUGGUAGCUGUUCCUUGUAAAGAUGUGCAGGGCUGCACCUUUGGUGAGGUGCAAGAGGGGCUGAGAUGUAGGAGUGGUGCUGCACUGGAACAGCUGCUCAGAGGAUGGUGGGGUCACCAUCCUUGGAGGUUCUCCAGAACCAUGGGAUGUGGCACUGAGGGAUGUGGUCAUGACCAUGGUGGGGUGGGCUGGGGUUGAACUUGGAGGAUCUCAGCAGUCUUUUCCAACCUGAAUGAUUCAGGGCUGCCCUUGCAGGAUGGCAGUUGGACCACAUGUGCUCUGCCUGGGGAUGAUGCUUGUAGGCGCUGGGGACAGGCUGUACUGUAUAAAAAACACUGUGCAGUUUGUUUUUUGUUUUAAUGAGUCACUAAGAUAUUUGAAACGUACUUCUGACCUACCGAGUUCAGUUAGCACCUACACUUCAUAAAUCAUAGCAGUGUCCUGCCAGCUGCUGGCUUAAUAAGGCCCCUGACUGCGUGGGAAAUGCUAUGACACUGCAAAGUGAUAUCUGAUCCCUGAAGUGAACAGACUGAGCUCUUUAAAAACCUCCACUGCUGCAAGAAAUGCAAAGUUCUGAGCAGAGCAGCCUCGGGGCUGCAAGGAGCUCAGCGUUCAGAGGCAGAGAUCCAGAGGGAAUUCCACGGCCCCACUGCAGUGAUAGAAGCCUUUCACCACCACGGCGCUGCACCAAAGAGCUCCUCCAGUGCUGGCAAUGGCUUUGCAGCCCAUCUCCCUCCUCUCCCUGGUGUUGGCGUGGGGCUGUGUGGCUUCUUCCUCCCCCUGGCAUACAGCAGUUGCUCCCCCCCUAGACCUUCACAUCACCGAUCCUGGGCUCUUAGGUUCUCUUGAUAUAGAGUGGAAACCUCCACCCAACGUACAGACCUCCAAUGAAUGCACAGUGAAAUACAAGUGUGAAUACCGUAACACCGGCGACAGAGAAUGGAAGGUUAUUUUUACUAAGAAACUAAAACUCAGAGUUGGAUUUGACCUCAGCAGGACUGCUGAAGUGAAGGUCCAGACCCUGCUCAAAGGAUGGUGUACCAACGACGUGGAAGUUCAGAGUGAAUGGGUUUACGCCACCUUUCGGGUCCCACUGCAAGGGAAACUGGAAUCUAAGGUUCAGAAUUUUCAUUGCAUCUAUCAUGACUGGGAAUACCUCAAGUGCACAUGGCAACCAGGUCUCCUUGCUCCUCGUGGUGUAAAUUAUGGACUCUACUAUUGGUAUGAGGGCCUGGAGCACGCAGUGCAGUGUGACAACUAUAUCCAGGAUCAUGGUAUAAACAUGGGCUGCAUGCUGCAAAACCUGAGCCAGGCAGAAUACAAAGACCUGAGCAUCUGUGUCAAUGGGUCUGUGGCAGCCACCUCACUGAGGCCUCUGUAUGCCACCCUGCGCCUUCACAACCUGGCCAAGCCCUCACCCCCCCAGCAGCUGGUGGUCUCCAUGUCUGCAGCUGAAGAGCUCCGCGUGGCGUGGAGCCCACCUGGUGGCCAAACACCCCCCCAGUGCCUGGAGUACGAGGUGCAGCUGGCAGAGGAACAGAGGGAGGCCAAGGCUGCCUGGGCGUCCAUGUCAACCCAAGUGGAAACUGCUUUCACCAUCUCCAGAGCAAAUCAGAGCCGUGUUUCUUGUGUCCGUGUCAGAGGGAGAACAAACAGUUUCUGUGCUGAUGAGGGCUUCUGGAGCGAAUGGACACAGGAGUGCUUCUCUGUAAGCAGAAAAGAAGUCAAGCAGCUAUUUAUCCUCAUUCCAGUCAUCCUGGGGUUGUCAUGUAGCCUCUUCAUAUUUACAUUGAUUGGCCAAUGCAAGAAAAGAUCCCCAGCAGGAAAACCAUUGCACACGUUGGUGGGAUGCUAAGUGCACCCAUGGCUGCUGUGUUUGAUGGGCUGCUCUCACAUCAUCCCAAGGACAGCCAAGAAGCCUGGAAUUUCUAGGCCAGCGUGGGUCUCCCCUGUGCUGUGUGAGCCUGGCAGUCACAAUGCAAUCCUCAACAGGCCCAGGAAAACAGGGGAGGAGCUGUAAACUGACUGGAGCAAACUGUUUCUAAUAACAAGGCAAAGGAGAAAAAGGAGGCGUGGAAAUUGUGAUGAAUAAAGAUAAAUAGAAUCCGCAGAGCAA